CCAUCCCAUCCCAUCCCAUCCCGGGGCCGCGGGGGCCGGCGCUUCCUCCUCCUCGGGCCCGCUGGGCUGCAGCAGCGGCGGGAAGAAGCGGCGGGAAGGAGCGGGGGCGCAGGAACAUGCUCUCGUCCAGGCUCUUCACCUUGGUCCUGGUUGUGAAACGACAGGAAGUUCUCCUCGGAUAUAAAAAACGUGGCUUUGGAGCUGGGCGAUGGAAUGGCUUCGGGGGAAAGGUGCAGGCUGGGGAGACCAUCGAGGAAGGAGCCAAGAGGGAAUUACUGGAGGAGAGUGGGCUGACAGUGGACACCUUACAGAAGAUAGGUCACAUCACAUUUGAAUUCCUUGGCAACUCUGAGCUAAUGGAUGUCCAUAUCUUCCGCACAGAUAGUUUCCAUGGAAAUCCAACUGAGAGUGAUGAAAUGCGUCCUCAGUGGUUCAAACUGGAUGAGAUGCCUUUCAACGAAAUGUGGCCAGAUGACAUCUACUGGUUUCCACUACUGCUCCAAAAGAAGAAGUUCCAGGGCUACUUUAAGUUUCAAGGGCACGAUGUCAUCCUGGACUACACCCUGAAUGAAGUGGAAAAAGUCUAAAGGAGGUUAAACAUCUUUCCCUUUUACCACAGGACUCACCCAACCCCUAGCUCAGGAAACAGGCUAUGAGGCCCUUCAAACUGCCGGCCCGGUUACGCCUAUUUUAGCCAAUGACUCUUUUAGCUUUUCAGACAUAAUUUUCCCCUCCCCAAUCGAAAGAGCACCAUAAUGGAAAAUGUGACAAUUUUGCGGGGGUUUUAUAUGUUUCUCGCGGAAAGGGAUGGGAAAUGUUCGACUGCGCUGACACUCCAAGUUCGCUUUAAGUGCCAGAAUACCGUGGAAGAGUAAAAGGGCGGAUCUAAUAACCCACACCAGAGGAGGUUUGAGGCAGCAGUCGCUAAGAAAGCGGAACGUUCUCCAAGCUAGGAACUGUGGGCUUUGGCAUCGCCACUUUCCUGUUGAUGUGGUGAAUGAUUAAAAUAAAGGUAUUUCUUGUUACUUAAACAAUGAAUGGUAGCAGGGCACUUCCAGGCCUGUGGCUGCUCGGCUGAAGGAGCUUCGGGGCCUCAACUUCCACGCAAACACAGCUAAUCCGGUCCCUUCAUGUUCUGGGAUGAACUGGCACCUGUUCGUUUGAUCUACGAGAAAGAGUGACCACCUCAAACCUAGAAUAUGCAGCAGAACAAGUCAACUGGACUCACACAGGGAUUUACACAGGUAUACAUUUCUUGAAAAUACAUUU